AUGGGGAUCGAGGAGCGUGUCCAGGAACACACAGCAAUGCUCCACCAUCUCGGCGCCGCCAUGGACCGCGUCGUCCAAGCUAUGGACCGCUGGGAGAAACGGAGAGUUCCUCCAGCACCUCCACCAGCACAACAGCGGCUUCCACUACUCGCUCCCCCUGCACCCGGUUCCAGUGGGAUUCGCCUCGCCCUCCCGGGGACAGCGGUAGCAGAGGUAGCGGCGGUAGCUGCGGUAGCGGAGGUAGCAGCGGUAGCAGCGGUAGCGGAGGUAGCGGCGGUAGCAGCGGUAGCGGAGGUAGCGGCGGUAGCGGAGGUAGCGGCGGUAGCGGAGGUAGCGGCGGUAGCAGCGGUAGCGGCGGUAGCAGCGGUAGCGGCGGUAGCAGCGGUAGCGGAGGUAGCGGCGGUAGCGGCGGUAGCGGAGGUAGCGGAGUUAGCGGCGGUAGCAGCGGUAGCGGAGGUAUCAGCGGUAGCAGCGGUAGCGGAGGUAGCAGCGGUAGCAGCGGUAGCGGAGGUAGCGGAGGUAGCGGAGGUAGCGGCGGUAGCAGCGGUAGCGGAUGUAGCGGGGGUAGCGGCGGUAGCAGCGGUAGCGGAGGUAGCAGCGGUAGCGGCGGUAGCAGCGGUAGCGGAGGUAGCGGAGUUAGCGGCGGUAGCAGCGGUAGCGGAGGUAUCAGCGGUAGCAGCGGUAGCGGCGGUAGCAGCGGUAGCAGCGGUAGCGGAGGUAGCGGAGUUAGCGGCGGUAGCAGCGGUAGCGGAGGUAUCAGCGGUAGCAGCGGUAGCGGAGGUAUCAGCGGUAGCAGCGGUAGCGGCGGUAGCGGCUGUAGCGGCGGUAGCAGCGCUAGCAGCGCCGCGGCUGUUCGUCACAAUGUGA